UACCCUCUUUCUUUUCCACCUCCUCUCCUCCUCCCAGUAGAGAGAGGAAAACCAAGCUAAUCACUCUCUCUCUCUCUCUCUCUAAAAAUCUGCCCUCUUCCUGUCUCCCCUUUCUCUUUCUAUAUCUACGUAUAUACAUUUUCGCAUACGAAAUAAUAAAAUCUAUCUAUAUCGAUAUAGAUCAUCUGUUUACCUGAGAAGGCUUUUGGUGGAUUGGAUUCUGGAGAUUUUUUUGAUUUGCGAGUUAUGCAGUCUGAUCAGACGGUUUUGAGCUUGAGACCAGGUGGUGGCACUCGCGGCGGAACCAGAGUAUUCGGCCCGCGCUUCGGUCCAUCGGCUGCGUCGAAUUCUGAUCCCUCCGCGUUGCGUCACGAUGGCGGUAUCGCUGCUUCGGCUCUGCCUCCCUUCAAGACUGGAGAGUCUCGAUUUGAGGGUCGUGAGCGGAUCCGUUAUACUAGAGAAUUUCUGCUUCAGCUAAGGGAGGUAGUCAACAUCUCGGAGGAGAUACUGAAGGUUAAGCAAGAAGUUGAAGGCGAAUUUUUUGGUACAGAUCCAAGCUGGAACCGUGGAGAAAAUAGUCAUCCAAGUCAGUCUCAGAGUCGUUAUUCUGAGCUGGACAACCGUGACUGGCGUAAUCGGUCACCACAGUUGCCUGCUCCUGUAGAAGAGAGAUCCUGGGAGGCGAAACGAGAGAGAGACUUUGGUGGCCGGUUUGACCCUAGACAACAAGAUGGAAAUCAAUACAAUAAGCAAGAUCAGAUAAACUCCCAGUUUGCAAGAGCGCAAGUUUCUUCAAACCAAGGGCCUGCACCAACUCUGAUCAAGGCUGAGGUACCAUGGUCUGCCAGGAGGGGAAAUCUUUCUGAAAAGGAGCGUGUUCUGAAAACAGUGAAGGGCAUACUGAACAAGCUGACUCCUGAAAAAUUUGAUCUUUUGAAGGGUCAAUUGAUUGACUCUGGAAUAACAACAGCUGAUAUUUUGAAGGGAGUUAUCUCCUUGAUAUUUGAAAAGGCCGUGUUAGAGCCAACAUUUUGCCCCAUGUAUGCGUUGCUCUGUUCAGAUCUUAAUGAAAAGCUCCCUCCAUUCCCAUCUGACGAGCCUGGUGGUAAAGAAAUUACAUUUAAGAGAGUUCUAUUGAACAACUGCCAGGAGGCAUUUGAAGGUGCUGAUAAAUUGAGAGAAGAGGUUAGGCAGAUGACUGCUCCUGAGCAGGAACUUGAACGAAGGGAUAAAGAGAGGUUAAUCAAACUCCGCACACUUGGAAACAUCCGACUAAUUGGUGAACUUUUGAAGCAGAAGAUGGUUCCAGAGAAAAUUGUUCACCACAUUGUUCAGGAACUCCUGGGACCUGAUACCAAGAGUUGUCCAGAAGAAGAGAAUGUUGAGGCCAUAUGUCAGUUCUUCAACACCAUUGGAAAACAGCUUGAUGAGAACCAAAAAUCAAAGCGUAUCAAUGAUUUGUAUUUCAGUCGCUUGAAAGAACUGUCCACCAACCCUCAGCUGGUUUCACGAUUGAGGUUUAUGGUUCGUGAUGUUUUGGAUCUGCGUGCCAACAAUUGGGUCCCAAGGCGGGAAGAGGUGAAAGCAAAAAAAAUUACCGAGAUCCACUCGGAAGCCGAGAAAAAUCUGGGGUUGCGUCCAGGUACUACUGCCAGCAUUAGAAAUAGUCGUGCUAUUGCUUCUGGGGCUCAAGGGAGUAUUAGUCCAGGUGGCUUCCCAAUGAAUCGCCCUGGUUCAGGUGGGAUGAUGCCUGGGAUGCCAGGAACAAGGAAGAUGCCUGGGAUGCCUGGAAUGGAUGGUGACAGUUGGGAAGUUCCCAGAUCUCGAUCUAUGCCAAGAGGCGAUGGUUCAGCCACUCAGACCCCUGUCCGUGUUCAGCAGCCACUGAUAGGGAAGUCUCCAGCAGUGAACCAGCGACUCCUACCUCAAGGUAGCGCAGGUCUCAUGGGUGCCAAAACUAGUGCCCUUGUGCAAGGCAGCACUGCCCCUCCUGCUCGCCCAAUUAACUUUGGAUCAUAUGUUCCAGAAACCGGAACUGGAGUAUCUGUUUCAUCUAGACAGGCUCCAACUGUAUCCAUGGCUCCGGUUGCUGACAAACCAUUGGCUCCGUCUGCAAAAUUGAACCCCGAUGAGCUCAAGAGAAAGACAAUUUCACUUUUGGAGGAAUACUUCAGUGUCAGACUUUUGGAUGAGGCAUCACAAUGUGUUGAAGAAUUGAAGUCCCCUGCUUACCAUCCUGAACUUGUCAAAGAGGCCAUUUCACUUGGCUUGGAUAAAAGCCCACCUUGUGUCGAACCAGUUGCAAAACUUCUAGAGCAUUUGUUUGCCCAGAAGCUUCUUAGUGAAAAGGACAUUGGCACCGGAUGUCUCCUCUAUGCCGCAUUACUGGAAGAUCUUGCCAUUGAUUUACCGAAAGCACCAGCUAAUUUUGGCGAGAUCAUUGGAAAACUUGUGUUGGCCAAAGGAUUGGACUUCAAGGUUGUGAGGGAGAUCCUGGAAAAGGUGGGUGACGACUAUUUCCAGAAUGCUGUAUUCAGUUCUGCAAUGAAGAUUAUUAGCUCUGCCCCAGGUGGGAAGGCUGUGUUGGAUUCUCAGGCGUCUGAUAUUGCGGCAUGCGAGAGCCUAUUUUAGAAGACACUUCUCGUUUCAGGAGCAACAUGUAACCUCAAAACAGACGAAAUGUGCGCUUUCUAACCUUGGCCAGGUGCUUCUAAUUACGCUAUCCAAACCGAGCAGUCCGCAGCCCUAUCCAGGAUAUAACAUGGAGGUGGAACUGUGAAGAACAGGUGAUGUUGGUGGGCUGUGUAUUUUCCUUGAGGUGUCAUACUAGUGUGUGUUCAAUAGAGAGGAAAAAGAAAUAUAAUAUAAAGAUUUUGGAUCUCUGGUGCUGGCUUAUCAAAGGCCAUGGUUGCUUGAGAAUGAAAAGGGCCCUGUAACGGUCCCCUUGUUUUUGUAUUUCAUUAGUUUUAAAUUUAUUUAUUUUGUUGACUUGUUAAAUUUUGCUUAAAUUUGUGAGAUCCUAAUCCUUUGUUGCACAUUUUAAAAGAAAAGUGAUGAUAUAUAUAUAUAUAUAUCGUUUUCCUCA